AUGUCGGAUGUUCAUGAAAGUCGACAGGGGGAGUUUCGGGCUGUGACUAUUGCCAUGACCGCGCUGGCCGCGGUUUUUGUUACUUUGCGAUUUUUGUCCCCGAAGAAAGGAAUGGGGCUUGGGAUGGAUGACUUUGCCAUGCUGGCAUCCCUGGUGAGUAUCGUCACCGCUAUCUGGCCAUUCUAUCUAACAGACUGUUUGCAGUUUCUUCUUUUUGCAGUUGCUGGUCUGAACUUGGCCUUGAUUCAGUAUGGCAUGGGACUAGACGCCAGCACUUUGUCAACAAAAAGCCUCGAGAUGAUUGCCAAGUUGUUGAUAGCUUAUGAUUGUGUCUAUUGCACCACGAUUGGCAUGAUCAAACUCUCAGUGUUACUCAUGUAUACUCGCAUCUUUCCCACCCGGGGAUUCCGCGUUGCCGUUAUUGUCUUGGGUAUAAUCACUGUCGCAUGGAUCAUCGUUAUUGCCUGUAUGAGUGUUAUACAGUGUGCUCCCAUAGAAAGAGCAUGGGAUACAUCGAUACCUGGAGCAUGUAUUGACGCCAGCGCCUCAUUCAUCGCAAAUGCUGUUCCGAAUAUUGUGACCGACAUCGCCAUUAUAUUACUACCAAUGCGAGCGCUGUGGAGAAUGAAAACCACCAUCACCCACCGUUUUGUCAUUUUUUCAAGUGCUUAUCGUUUCUCUGCCCUCUUCGCGUCCAAAGCCACAGAUAAAUCCUGGACACUCGGUAAUGCGUGCACCUGGGGUGUAAUUGAGUGUUCCAGCGGCAUAAUCUCGGCCUGCAUGCCCACCUUAUAUCCAUUCUUUGGAACGAUCUUGUCCAGACUUUCCAUAGGAUCUCAACCCAAGACCACAGAUCUGAAGAUCUUGGGUAGAGCGGAAUCCACCAAGCCGGCUUUCCGGCCUCAAAACGAGCAUGUGGGGAAACCGAUGGUUCAGUUGGUAGUGACACAGCCUGAAGAGGAUUUGGGAGACGAGAUGCCCUUGAAUACUAUUAUGGUGCGGAGGAGUAUGACAUGGCAAGAAUCAAAUUGUGGGAGGGACUGUAAGUCGCCACGUCAUUGGAAAUGA